AUGCGCUUCUCCCUCCUGUCCUCGGCUGUGCUCUUCGCAGCCAGCGCCAUCGCCCUCCCGACCGCCUCGUCCGAUCUCGAGACCCGCCAAUCCAGCACCACCUGCGGCAACAACUACUACUCCUCCGACCAAGUCAACGACGCUCUGAACCAAGGCUACAACUACUACGCUUCGGGCGAGCAAGUCGGAUCGGACGACUACCCACACACGUACAACAACUACGAGGGCUUCGACUUCCCCGUGAGCGGACCAUACCAGGAAUUCCCCAUCGAAGAGAGCGGUGUCUACACCGGUGGUGAGUAGUACCGAACGUGCAUCCGAGACUCCUCGGAAAUGGAUGGGCUCUACUGAUUUUUUCUUGUUUAUGUGUAUUCGCAGGCUCUCCCGGUGCCGACCGUGUUGUCUUCAAUAGUGAUGGCGAGUACGCCGGUGCCAUCACGCAUACCGGUGCUAGCGGUAACGACUUUGUCGGCUGCUCUGGUACUUCUUGA